AUGGGAAAAAUCAAACCUCAGGCAUUGUUACAGCAAAGCAAGAAGAAGAAGGGCCCGGCUCGAAUUAGUCUCUCUAGCAUUAUUGCUUGCAAUUUUGUGGUCAUUGUCAUUGGAUUAUCUUUAUAUGCUGCUUACAAACAUUGGUACAGAAGGUUAGUGUCUUUUGUUGCCAUAUCUUUUGUUUUGUGUUGGCAGAUAAUAACUUAUGGUCAUUUCCAUGGGAUGAAUUGGGAGAUAAGCCUCGUGUGGUGUCCGGCCUAA